AUGGAACUUGUCUUUUCCUCUCCUCCUUCUCUCUCCUCCUCCUCUCUUUAUCUCCUCUCUCUCUCUCCCCUUCCUUCUCUCUCCUCCUCCUUCUCCCCCUCUCAUCAUCCUUCUCGCUCCUCCUCCUCUCUUUACCUCCUCUCUCUCUCUCCCCUUCCUUCUCUCCCUCUCAUCAUCCUUCUCUCUCCUCCUCCUCUCUUUAUCUCCUCUCUCUCUCUCCCCUUCCUUCUCUCUCCUCCUCCUUCUCCCCUUCUCAUCAUCCUUCUCGCUCCUCCUCCUCUCUUUACCUCCUCUCUCUCUCUCCCCUUCCUUCUCUCCCUCUCAUCAUCCUUCUCGCUCCUCCUCCUCUCUUUACCUCCUCUCUCUCUCUCCCCUUCCUUCUCUCCCUCUCAUCAUCCUUCUCUCUCCUCCUCCUCUCUUUACCUCCUCCCUCUCCCCUUCCUUCUCUCUCCUCCUCCUUCUCCCCCUCUUAUCAUCCUUCUCGCUCCUCCUUCUCUCUUUACCUCCUCCCUCUCUCUCCCCUUCCUUCUCUCACCUCCUCUCUCCCUCUCUUCCUCCCUCUCCUCCUUCUCUCCCCCUUAUCAUCCUUCUCUCUCCUCCUCUUUCUCCCCCUCUCAUUAUCCUUGCCUCUCCUCCAUCUAUCUCCCCCUCCUCCUCCCCCCCUCCUUCUCUCCCCCUCAUCCAUCCUUCUCUCUCCUCCUCCUUCUCUCUCCCUCCUCCUUGUCUCUUCCUCCUCCUCCUCUCUCCCUCCUCCUUGUCUCUCCUCCUCCUCUCUCCUCCUCCUUCUCUCCCUCUCAUCAUCCUCCUCUCUCCUCCUCCUCCUCUCUCCUCUUCCUCCUCUCUCCUCCUCCUUCUCUCCCCCUCAUCAUCCUCCUCUCUCCUCCUCCUUCUCUCCCCCUCAUCAUCCUCCUCUCUCCUCCUCCUCUCUCCUCUUCCUCCUCCUCCACCUCCUUCUCUCUCAUCCAUCGCUGUCAUCUGCAUUUGGCUUUAGUUAAAAUAGACAGAUGA